CAAGAAAGAAAAUAAGGAGGUAGAGUGGGGGGAAAUGGGUGGGUGCAGGUUGGGAAUGAUAGUGGAUUAUUUGUCACAUGCAACAAUAUUGGGGUUCAUGGGGGGAGCAGCCACUGUGGUUUGCCUGCAGCAGCUCAAGGGCAUUCUUGGCCUCCUCCAUUUCACCCAUGCCACCGACUUCUUCUCUGUCCUCCGCUCCAUUUUCACCCAAUUCCAUCAGUGGAGAUGGGAAAGUGGAGUCCUUGGAUGCUGUUUUCUCUUCUUCCUAUUGCUCACCAAGUACUUUAGCAAAAAGAAAGCAGCAUUCUUCUGGAUAAAUGCCAUGGCGCCGUUAACGUCCGUCAUCUUGGGCAGCGUCUUGGUCUACUUCACCCACGCCGAAAAACAUGGAGUUCAAGUGAUAGGGGAGUUGAAGAAAGGGAUAAAUCCGGCAUCUGCAUCAGAGCUGGCGUUUGGUUCGCCGUACAUCGGCACCGCCAUUAAGGCUGGGGUCAUCACCGGUGUCAUUGCCCUAGCUGAAGGAAUAGCAGUGGGGAGAAGUUUUGCCAUGUUCAAAAACUACCACAUUGAUGGGAACAAAGAGAUGAUAGCCUUUGGGAUAAUGAACAUUGCUGGCUCUUGCACUUCUUGCUACUUGACCACUGCGCCGUUUUCUAGGACAGCAGUGAACUUCAAUGCAGGAUGCAAGACAGCAGUGUCGAACAUAGUAAUGGCGGUGACAGUGAUGAUGACGCUCCUAUUCCUCACCCCACUCUUCUACUACACCCCUCUCGUCGUCCUUUCCUCCAUAAUAAUUUCAGCCAUGCUGGGUGUCAUUGACUACCAAGCCGCCAUCCAUCUAUGGAAGCUCGACAAAUUCGACUUCCUCGUCUGCAUCAGCGCUUACAUUGGCGUUGUCUUCGGUAGCAUUGAAAUCGGCCUCGUUGUCGCGGUGGCAUUGUCCAUGCUAAGAGUGCUUCUGUUUGUAGCAAGGCCUAAGACUAUGAUCUUAGGUAACGUCCUUAAUUCGGGCACGUAUAGGAGCGUGGAUCAGUACCCGAAGGCAGCAACCGUGCCCGGAAUCCUCAUCAUUCACAUUGGUGCUCCCAUUUACUUUGCCAAUGCUGGUUACUUGAGGGAAAGGAUCUUCAGAUGGAUAGAUGAAGAGGAAGAGAAGAUUGACAAUAUGAGUGGAACUGAGCUACAAUAUGUCAUUUUGGAUUUGAGCGUCGUUGGAAACGUUGAUACGAGUGGGAUUUCUAUGCUUGAUGAAGUAAAGAAGGAAUUAGAUUUGAGAAAUCUCAAGCUUGUAUUGGCAAACCCAGGAGGGGAGAUGAUGAAGAAGCUUGAAAAGUCAAUGUUAAUGGAGUCAAUAGGGAAAGAGUGGAUAUAUUUGACAGUGGCAGAAGCAGUAAAUACAUGCAAUUACAUUCUCCACACCUGCAAGCCCCCCAAGGCGGCGGCCGCCGACGCCACCACCGCAACGACUGAGAUUGCGGCAGCAGCAUAUGACAAUGUGUAGUGAUAUAAUAAUUGUAUAUAUACAUAUAACGAUUGGUGGGACCCAUUUUCGCAACGGGUUGUCCUACCUUGGCUUUGUUCUCUUCGACCUAUCUGAUUAGUUCUAAUCUGAUCCGAUUAAGUUCUAAUCUCAUUGUAG